UAAGGGUAAAUACACUUGCACCCGCUAGCCAACAUGGCAGACCGGCAACCACUGAAGAGACGCAGGCACUUCAGGUUGGGAUGUUGAGGCUUCACCGUAGACCUUCAUUUUGCCUCCAUGUCUGGCGUGCAUGCGGUCGAUGGAGUCGAACAACUGCAGUGCCUGGUGGCUCUGGAGAAAAAAUCAAAGACCAGGAGGCGGAAGCACAGGCCGAAGCGGAAGUGCAGGCUGAAGCGCAGCGGCGACUCUUCCAGGCUUCAGCAGGAGCUAUGUCAUUGCAAUAUUGCCGUGACAAUGGCGGAAACAGCCUCUCGCGCUUCUUGCGGAAGAUUACCAUCGAUAUGAGCUACACCUUCAGGCACUGGCGGAGGCAUCAGCGUGCGACACGCCACCUGCAGCUUUGGACACCAAGGAAGAUCAUCACCUCUGACAAUAUCAGACGUUUGGUUUUCCCUGACCUGGCCUUUAUUGGUACCACAUCUGGCCUUAUCACCUACUACAAUUCACAUGCUGAAGUGGUAGCAGGAUUGGCUGGAAGCCUUGACUUGAGCUUGCCUUCCUUGCUGACACUCCCAGUCGAAUGCUUCACCUUGACCUCAGUCGCUCUUGGUUUGCUGGUCACUUUCAAGACACAAACCGGAUAUCAGAGGUUUACGGAAGGUCGCUCUUUAUGGGGGUUGCUCAUCAAUGAAUCACGAGCCAUGGCCAGCCGAGUUAUGGCACGUGUGCCAUCGCCAACAGGCAUCAUGAGCCCAGAAGUAUUGGAUGGGAAAACUUACGCAGUCAAGCUCAUUAGGACCCUGCCUGUGGUACUUAAAUACCACCUAACAGAGGAUGGUGGCAACCCGCAGAUUGUAAUCACGGCGAAGACCUCCGAUGCAGAAUUGCGGAAGAACACUACUGCAGCUUUGAAGUGCGAGCUGCAGCAGGUUUGGAACCCAUUCGAUCUCAAACAGAAAGACUUCAUCGAACGGCUCGUUGAGGCGGAUGUGGCAAAUCGGCCUCUCUAUGUUCUACACGAACUGCAACAUACUUCUGCUCAAAUUUUUGCCCAACCAACGUUAGGAGGACUGGACCCUGUGGCAGCCACAGAGAUGGAUCGCAGCCUCACAACUUUCCAUAAUGUCCUGGGUGCUUGCGAGAAGAUUCUGCGCACGCCGAUCUAUACUCCAUAUACUCGCUUUACCAGCCGCUUCUUGUUCAUGUGGUGUAACGCUUUGCCUUUGGCGAUGUAUCCAGUUGCUGGGCCAGUGCUGACAGUACCAGUGACCCUUGUGACCAGCUUCUUUAUGCUCGGCAUUGAGGACAUUGGUUCCAGAGUAGAGCAGCCUUUCAACGCCUUGCCGUUGUGGCAGUAUUGUCAAACUGUUGAACAGUCCUGCAUCCAGAUAUUGAGGCACAGUGACUUGCUGGAGCAAAGCGAGACCACCAGAGAGGAAGAUCUUGAUGAGAUGGAAUGGGACGUGGACAAUCUUGGGUCUUAUGUCGAUCCCCUUUCUCUCAAGACUCAGAAGUAGUGAUAAACCAUAGCAUGGCUGCUAUAUCGGGGAGCGUUUCCGCCAAAGAUGCAGAGAGGCAGACCGAUGGCACAGCCGGAAAUGAGAGAAAGAAACGUUCGGAAUCGAGAUUUCAAGGCACACUUUUUGUUUGGCAACAGAUGCAGUAAGGCUCAGUAAGGCAGAAUAAGGCAGAAACAUGUUUCUGUCCAUGGA